ACCAGGCACGACAGCGGGCAUCGGGUCACCAGGCAUGACAGCGGGCACCAAGUCAUCUGGCACAACAGCGGGCACCGGGUCAUCUGGCCUGACAGCGGGCACCGAGUCACCAAGCUCGACAGCGGGCACCGAGUCAUCGGGCACGACAGCGGGCACGGAGUCAUCAGGCACAACCACGGGUACCGGGUCACCAAGCUCAACAGCGGGCACCGAGUCAUCUGGCACGACAGCGGACACCGAGUCAUCUAGCAGAACCGCGGGCACCGGGUCACCAAGCUCGACAGCGGGCACCGAGUCAUCAGGCACGACAGCG